AUGCCAAUUAUUACAAGUAUACUUGAUAAUGAUUUAUAUAAAUUUACUGUAAGCAAUGGUUAUUUCUGCUUGUAUCCUUAUGCCUCUGGUGUUUUUUCUUUUAGAGACCGUAAUUUAAUGAAUUUCCCUGAUGGUUUUGCUGAAGCAUUACAAAAAGAGAUAGAUGAAAUGGCAUCUAUAAGCACAACAACAGAAGAGGUUGAAUAUCUUAAAACUCUUAAAUAUUUACCUCCAACAUAUAUUGAAUUUAUUAAGAAUUUUCAUUAUGAUCCAAAAGAAGUUAAGAUUAAAGUUAUUAACAAUAAACUGUAUAUAGAUUGUACUGGAUAUUUGUACAGAAUGACUUUAUGGGAAGUUCCCUUAUUGGCUAUUGUAAGUGAGUUAUAUCAAAAAAUGACUCAUCACACUGCUGACAUGGAUUAUGUUAUUAAAAAUACUACAUUGAAAGCAAAAAAACUUACUGAAGCAGGAUGUAAGUAUAGUGAUUUUGGAACAAGAAGAAGAUUUUCUAAAGAAGUUCAUGAAGUUGUUGUUAAAACAUUGAAAGAGAAUUCUGGUAACAAUUUUAUUGGAUCGUCCAACGUUUAUUUAGCAAUGAAGUAUAACAUUAAACCUAUUGGUACACACCCACAUGAAUGGAUGAUGUUCCAUGCUGCUGCUUAUGGAUAUAAAGGGGCUAAUGCUUUAGGAUUAACUCGAUGGAGAGAUUUGUACAGAGGGUAUUUAUGUUGUGCUUUAACUGAUACAUUCACUACUGAUGUAUUCUUUAGAGAAUUUAACAGACCACUUGCCAUGAGUUUUGAUGGUAUCAGACAUGACAGUGAAUCUCCAUUUGUUUUUACUGAUAAAGCCAUUGCCUUUUACAAGAAAAUGGGAAUUGAUCCAAUGAUUAAAAACAUUGUUUUCAGUGAUAGCUUAACUUAUGAAAAAGCUAUUGAAUUACAAAAUUAUUGUAAAGGAAAAAUCAAUUGCAGUUUUGGUAUUGGGACUCAUUUUACUUGUGACACCGGUAAUGAUAAUAAACCCUUAAAUAUUGUUAUGAAACUUUUAAAAGCAAAAGAAUAUGACGAAAAUGAGUUUGUGGGUUGUGUAAAACUUUCUGAUGCAGUUGGAAAACAUCUUGGGGAUGAAAAAGAUAUAUUAACUUGCAAAUUAUCUCUUGGAAUUAAUUAA